AUGGAAGCGAAAAAUGGCAAAUCCGGUCCAACAACCGCAAUCUCUGUCGCGCCGUCGGGCGGUGGAGGUGGUGGGAGCGUAACGGCGACGAUGAAGAACGGGGUGAAGGAAAACCCGAACGGUCCCCGGGUGGUCACCAUCUACAAGACAGAAACCGGUUUCGGGUUUAACGUUCGUGGACAAGUCAGCGAGGGUGGGCAGCUGCGAUCAAUCAACGGCGAGCUUUAUGCACCACUGCAACACGUCAGUGCUGUUUUGGAUAAUGGGGCCGCGGAGCAGGCUGGCAUUAAAAAAGGCGACCGAAUCCUGGAAGUCAAUCAUGUAAACGUGGAAGGCGCUACUCAUAAGCAAGUGGUGGAUCUCAUAAAAUCCGGUGGAGAUACUUUAACACUUACCGUCAUAUCUGUCACACAGCAGGAGGCGGAACGCCUCGAGCCAACAGAAGAUCCCGGCGGAUAUUCGUACAUCGAUUACUCGGAGAAGCGCAGCCUGCCUAUUAGUAUUCCGGACUACAAUAUCAUUCACCGUGGCAAUGAGCGAUACGUCGUGUUUAACAUCCAUAUGGCCGGUCGGCAGUUAUGCUCCCGCCGAUACCGCGAAUUCUCCAACUUACAUCAACAGCUGAAAAAAGAAUUCUCAGGGUUUAGUUUUCCCAAAAUGCCCGGCAAGUGGCCGUUCCAGCUAAACGAACAGCAGCUCGACGCACGACGACGCGGCCUGGAACAAUAUCUAGAAAAGGUCUGCGCAGUGCGUGUCAUCGCGGAGAGUGACGCAGUGCAGGAAUUUCUCACGGACACGGUGGACGACCUGGCGGCGUCACCGGUCGACAUUAAGAUCAUGCUACCGGACCAUGCGGUGGUGACGGUGUCGGUGCGCAAAUCGGCGAAUGCACAGCUCGUCUGGGAGCAGCUGGUACAGCGCGCCAAUCUGACCUCGUACACGCAGCAAUAUUUUUACCUGUUUGAAAUCGUCGAGUACAACUUCGAGCGUAAGCUGCAACCGCACGAAAUCCCCCAUCAGCUGUACGUGCAAAACUACAGUACGGCUUCCAGCACGUGCCUGUGCGUGCGUCGAUGGUUGUUCUCUAUCGACCGAGAAAUUUCGCUUCCGGUGGGCGAACAGGCCGCCAAGUUCAUUUUCUAUCAGGCCGUCGACGAGGUUAAUCGUAGUAACAUACGGGCAGAUGGACGACUGUACGAGCUGAAAGCUUUGCAAGACUCGAAAAAGGCAGACGAAUAUCUAUCGCUGGCUCGCACCCUGCCCGGGUACGGUGAUAUCGUUUUUCCACACUGUGCUUGCGACAGUCGCAAGGAGGGCCACGUGGUGCCGGCUGUCGGUAUGAAAAGCUUCCGGCUGCAUGCCUGUCGGGAGGAUGGUUCACUCGAAGCACAAACGGUCGAACUGCAGUGGGCCACAAUUUCGCGCUGGGAAAGCGACGAGGAAUCGAUGGCGUUUUGCUUUCAGUACAGCCGCUCGGACAAACCGCCCCGGUGGGUGAAAGUGUUUACGCCCUACCAUGCGUUCCUGGCCGACUGCUUCGACAGGAUAAUGGAGGAGCGAGCGUGGGAUGACACGGGAGAGUAA